CAACUCUAUAUAUAUUGCAUCAUUCGAUCAAAGGAAGAAAUUCAAACCAACCUUAAAUUACAUAAUAACGUCCAUUUGUGGAACUACAUAUAUUCAAGUAUUCAUCAACAAUGUCUUCUUCCUCCACAAGUACAAUGAUUCCAACUGUUGUGAUCAUCUUUCUUUCAUUAAUUUUUACCACUUUUGCUACAAAACAAAGCAGCUUAUAUCCCUUUGAAUCCAUUUAUCAGUUUGGAGAUUCACUUUCAGACACGGGCAACCGUAUUCGUCAGGUUGGUGCAAAAUCCGUUUAUAACAUCUCCAAUUUGCCCUAUGGAAUGACUUACUUCCAUAAGCCAACCGGCCGUUUCUCAAACGGCCUUCUUGUCGUUGAUUUCGUCGCGAAAGCGCUCAAUCUUCCGCUGCUUCCUCCUUACUUGGAAAAAAACGUGUCAUUUAGUCACGGCGUCAACUUUGCUGUGGCUGGAAGUACAGCCCUAGAUAAUGCAUUCUUUCUCGAAAGAAAUAUUAUUGUACCAUCAACCAAUAUUCCUCUUAGUCAUCAGAUUACUUGGUUCAAGGAACACUUGAAUUCUGUUUCUGAUGAUGCCAAUGCGCCUGAACGCAAGGAAAUGUUGAAGAAGGCUCUUGUUAUAAUUGGAGGAUAUGGUGGAAAUGAUGUUAACAACGCGAUUUCGCAUGGCUGGUCUUUAGAGGAGAUCAGGAAGGAUUUUGUGUCAUUUAUUGUUGAAUCCAUAUCUAAUGCUGUUAGAGAAGCCAUUCAUCUUGGAGCUGCUUAUAUUGUAGUACCAGGAAAUCUCCCUGAAGGAUGUUUGCCCAUAAUGUUGACUCAGUUUCCUAGUGCUGAUGUUAGAGAUUAUGAUGAACAAGGGUGUUUGAGAAAAUACAAUGAAUUCGUGUUGUUCUUCAACAGUCAUCUUCAGAAAGCAGUUGAAUCCCUGAAAAUUGAGUUUCCAGAUGCGGUUAUUCUCUAUUUCGACUACUAUCAAGCAUUUCAAUCCAUUUUACAUUAUGGCGAUUUCUUCGGGUUCGACCAGAAUUCAAAGCUCAAAGCCUGUUGUGGAGUUGGUGGGAAGCAUAAUUAUAAUGAAGAGCAUGUUUGUGGGUCAAAGGGUGUUGAAGCUUGUCAAAAUCCAGCAGAGUUUAUCCAUUGGGAUGGAAUACAUUUAACACAAGCAGCAUACAGUCACAUAUCUGAUCGUCUUAUCCAUGAUGUUCUUCCUAAAGUUACAUCAGCAACUCUAUUUGAACUCUGAAGAUCCGAGUUGGAAGAUAUAUGGAUGCACCUACGGGUCGAAUUCUUAAAUAUAUUUGAAAAAAUGUUAGUACAUCAUAGUGUUACAGGAUUGAUUCUUUAUGUAUAAUCAAGAAAUUAAUAUUCUUUUAUAUAUUUUUCUUUAGUACAAUAGAAAGUACAAUUCUUGCUUAAUGUAUAGAUUAUUUCCC